GGCUUGUGGGUGGGAGGAGGGAGGGAGUAAGGGGACACGAGCAGAUGGGUCCUGAGCAACAAACAAAGAACCCCUUUAUGCAACCCUUCAGCGUCUUUCAUGUGGCUGCUGGAACACGGUGUCGGGCGAUACCUGUUUUUCCUUGUCUGAUUGGAGUUGUGCUACUGAGUGGCUGUGGAGUUUUUGCAAUCAAUGAAGUUCACUCCUGGCCCUGUUCUGCGUGUCUUCCUGCCGCGGCCGUGCCGCACGUCCCUCGAAUUGCAGGCUGCCAAGGGGCCGAGCAGCGCUCGGCUCUGCCCGUAUUCCUUGGGAAUGGCGGCGGGGCACCGGAAAACUUCGAAGCACCUCGAAGAGGGCUGGGAGCUCUGUUACACGGCGGCGGGCCAGCACUUCGGGUCCGCUCGACGGCUGGGGAGGGAGGCGGCGGUCCGUCCCUUACUGCUGGGACAGGGGAAGGAAGGUGACGGUGUGGGGGGAUACAUCUCUUACCACGUGGCCGCGGGACCAGCACGCAGCACGGCGCGGGCAGGACAUCGCGUCCCCCCCGCCCGGCUCUCCGGGUUCGCAGCCGUGAACACUGGGGGGCUGCCUCUAAGUUUGGGCCGCGCGGAGCUCCGCCAGCUCGCCUUCAGCGGGCGGAGCGGUACGGAUGGAGGAUCCGGAGCGGGAGGAAUGCGGGGGGCCCGGCGCGCUGCCGACGGGGAGGCGGAGGACGGGAGGUGGAGAAAGGAAGGCGGAGAAGAGGCGUCGUCGCUCCGGGCGCCGUCGGCUCCGCGGGGCCGCCCCGUGACCGCCGCGGGGGUGGUGCCGGCCGCGUCCCCGCCCCGCGUGACGCCGGGACGGAAACGGGCGCGGCGCGGGCGGCCGGGAGAGGGGCCGCCAUGGAGUUCCCGGACCUGGGGGCUCACUGCUCGUGGGCCGCCUGCCAGCGCCUGGAUUUCCUGCCCCUCAAGUGCGACGCCUGCGAGCGGAUCUUCUGCACCGACCACAUCGCGUACGCCCAGCACGAGUGCACCUCCGCCUACAAGAAGGACGUGCAGGUGCCCGUGUGCCCGCUGUGCAACACGCCGGUGCCCGUGCGGCGGGGCGAGAUGCCCGACGUGGUGGUGGGAGAGCACAUCGACCGCGACUGCAGGUCCGACCCCGCGCAGCGCCAGCGCAAGAUCUUCACCAACAAGUGCUUGAAGCCCGGCUGCAAGCAGAAGGAGAUGAUGAAGGUGAUCUGCGAGCAGUGCCACAAGAACUACUGCCUGAAGCAUCGGCACCCGCUGGACCACGACUGC